AUGAUCAUAACCUCGAACAACCACCAGAAUCCAUCAGCAAAAAUGCAGUGUGUUCGCGGCUCAGUGCUGUUCCUCUCCCUGCUGCUCUGGGCCCUGUGCUCUGCAGACCAGAGCUCCGAGUCCAUGGACCAGGGGCAGGACCUGGACCAGGACUUGGACAUGAUGACACGUCAGAGACUUCUGCAGAGAGCCCGCAGUGCUGGACUCCUGACGCAGCGCGCAGUGGAAGACCUUCUAUUAGCUCAAAUGUCCCUCCCUGAGCCCAGUGCCCCUAAACCUCUUGUUCCAAAGGGGUCCGAUGGCCAUGUGACCCUCCAGCGCUCAGUGGAGGGCAACAACAACCUGCCUCCACGCAAGGAAGGAUGUAAGAACUUCUUCUGGAAGGGCAAAACGGCCUGCUAG